UAUUUAAUAUGAAAUGAUACGAUGAUAUCAUAUGAUAGUUAAUAUGAUAUAUAGACAAUGUGGAUGGAAGAUAAAGCGAUCAUCAGUCUAGUUAACUGGUUAACUGUGAUCAUGGUGAUUAGAAUUCUUAACUGCUUGAUCUCCUAUAUCUAUAUAUAGUGACCAUAAUGGUAGUUGCACUUACAUAUCAGAUUUGAUAUUGGGAUCGAGGUACAUUUCGGUUUUUGGAUAAACUGUGUUCAAUGGGGGUGAAGGAUCUGUGGAAAGUCUUGUCCCCUGUUGCCAAGAAGUCAGUACCUGUCAAAUCCCUGGCUGGUAAAACUCUGGCAGUGGAUCUAAGUGGAUGGAUUGUUGAGUUCAGAACAAACCAGAAUGAACCCCAUCUGUAUCUCAAAACUCUGUAUCAAAGAGCCAGUCGUCUGAUGAAGCAGGGAGUCCGAUUAGUAAUGGUGGCUGAUGGGAUAGCUCCAGAGUGUAAGCGUGAUGCGAUGGCACUGCGCAGUAAAGAAGGAGGCGUGACCAACAGUGUCGAUAGACCGUGGUUCAAGUCUAUUGUGGAAAAGUGUUUUGAAGUGUUGAAAUGUCUUGGAUUGCCUUGUAUCAAGGCACCAGGAGAAGCAGAGGCGUAUUGUGCUUGGCUAGACGAAAAUGGGUUAGUGGAUGGGGUCCUGACCUCGGACUCGGAUGCUUUGUUGUAUGGAGCUAGAACAGUCUAUAGGAAUCUAGAAGCACAGAACAAGUUUGACUAUGCUGUUGAUCUUUAUGAGAUGUCGGUCAUAGAAGAACGAUUGGGGAUGACAAGGGAGACAUUAGUUGCUAUGGCGAUGCUAGUUGGCUGUGAUUAUGACGAAGGAAUAAGGGACAUUGGGAUUGAAAAAGCACAGGAGCUCUUUAGGGAACUAAGAAGUAAUCACAAGGACCCAUUCACAAGAAUAAUGAGUUGGAGAGAAAAUCAGGAGUUAAAGAAACUCACAAAUUCUGAGGAAAAAAAGGUGGCACAUUGCAAACUUUGCCAACACAAAGGAACUAAAACUCUUCAUGAUAAAGAGGGUUGUCAUGAUUGCAGUUCCGUUAAAUCAUGUGAUCAAAGUUCAAAGGUCACAUGUACCUGUGGCAGUGUUCAUCACCAGAAGGAGAAACAUACUCUAGAGCUGAGAUAUUAUGAGAAAGCAUUGCGAAACUCAGCAUUCCCAAAUAAAAUGUUGGUAGAUGAGUACCUUCAUGCUAAUGAUGAUUUAGUACAACCCAACCUGAAUUGGAAGCCCAUCAACAUUACUAGUUUAAAAAAACUUCUAUCAGCUUCCUUUGAGAAAUUGAAGAUGGCAGAACUUGUAGUUCAGCUUCAAAUGUCUGGCCAGUCCUUCCAUCUGAGUAAGGACACAACCCUCAAUCCAAUCAAAAUACUAAAGGAGUGUAAACAGAAUUUUGUGAAAUGUUUUCAAGUCCAGUGGUCCAAGUUAGCCUCAGACCGUACAACACAAGAUAGCUGCUAUACAGUGACAGUGGAACAGGCGGCGUUCUCCAGACUGUACGGUGAGAAAACACAGGAGUAUCGGGCGGAAGUAGAGCUGGCCAGGAAGAAAAAGGAGCACGAGAAAGAAACCAAGAAAGGUACAAAAAGAAAGAAUGGAUCUCUGCUGACUGAUUACUUCAAGAAGAAGAAAAGACCGUCAACACCCGAGUCAGAUAAUGGUAAAGGCAACCAAUGGAAUUCUGGAUACAGGAGUAAAGACUCGCCAAAAAGUGAGGAAGACUGAUAGAAAUCAUGUGAAUGAUUACUCCAGUGUGAUGUUCAUGAUCAGAAUGCCUUCAAACAUUGACAAAAUUAGACACUGUACAGCAAGUCCUUCUUUAUCAAUUAUGUGGAUCUUUUGGAAUGUCAGUGUACUGGGAUGAUGUUCAAUGACUAGAGUUUUUGAUGAGCUGGACUCGACUUUGCCAAUUGCAAAAGCUAAUUUAAUCAAAUGAAUACAAGUUUGUAAGAGCAGAAAGCUGUCUCAGGCAACAUGCAGAACUCUGUCCUAGGCUACUUGUAAGUUUGAGAGAUUGGAAAAUGAAAAAUUGGAUGUUUGUUGUUUAUAGGUAUACAUAUGAAAAUAAAUAAACUAAACCAAAAUGCCUACCAGUAGUCAUCGUG